GUACAUACCUUUUUCACAGUUCGCAAAUCAAGUUUCAACUCGGUGGGAUGCAAACUGACUGAAGUGUCUGCUGCUGUUCUAGAGAGCUUAGCCAUCAAAUUGGAGCACAAACACAAGGUGUGUGAGCUGUCUGUUCAGGAGAAAGGUGCUAUAGCUUUAUUGCAGCAGGUAAACACAGUCUCAGCUUGCAUUCCUGGCUCACAUGCAUUGAAGAUUUAUGUGCGAAAUGAGAUACGGAGCUAUUUUAGUUAUUUUGGUUUGCCUCACCUCUCUUUUACCUUUAAUCCAAGUGCGGUGCACAGUCCUGUGUUUCAGGUGAUGUAUGGCGACCACACUGUUGAUCUCUCACAACAAUUUCUGAGUUUGGUAUGUGGAUGUGAACGUGCAUUGCACCUGGCUCAGGACCCUGUGGCUGCAGCUGACUUCUUCGAAUUCAUGUGGUGUACUUGUUUUGAGCAUCUUCUGGGGUGGGAUUUUGAAAAGCAACAAUCCUCUAUAAAAGGAGGUCUCUUUGGCCGCAUCCGAGCUUUUUAUGGUUCAUCUGAA